GUCAAUUUUGUCAUUGCCACAAAAUAAAAUGAAAGAAAAAUCGGGAGUGAAAAAUUGUUGAAUUUGUGCAAUUAUUCAAAACUUCAAUUAAUGCAAAAUACGUGAAAAUAGGAUAUCAAGUGAAUGUUUCAUACAAAGGAAUCCGGCAUAUUGUUUUCACGCAAAUAGUAUACUGGGAAAAUUGAAUUGUCUGUGUCUGAAAAGAAAUUCCAAUAAUCACAAUGGUAAAGUGGUGCGGUGUAACAUUCACAUAGAUUUGCAUCAAAUAUACACAAGUGACGGUUUUAGAAUAAAAUAAAAAUUUGUAACGAAUAUAAAAACAACGUUUUGGGAAAUAUAAAAAGUGAAGAGUGCUUCAAGCAGCCGUGUCACAGCGCAGUUUGUAAUGGCCACAUCACCCCGAUCCUUCGACACGAUAUCACUUUGCUCCACCGUUUCCAGUUGCCCGGACCGCAAUGGCUUUUACGGUGGAUUUCAACGCACAGAAAAACCCAAAGAACCGCUCUCUAAGGCGCAAAUUAUAGCGCGAGAGAAGAAAUGGUUAUACAUGAUCGAUAAUUGGUCGCUAUAUAUGUCCAAAAACUACAAAAAGAUUCGUGAUCGAUGUCGCAAAGGCAUACCAAAAUCGGUACGUCCACGUGCAUGGUUCUAUCUAUCUGGCGCUUAUUUGCUAAAAAAGAAAAAUCCAACGGUCUACAAAGAAUUACUCGAACAACCUGGCAAUCCGCAUGUAAUCGAAGAAAUCAAAAAGGAUAAGCAUCGUCAAUUUCCGUUUCAUGAAAUGUUUCUAGAUGAGGAUAAAGUAGGUCAAAUCGAACUGUUUAAUGUGCUAAAAGCGUAUUCCAUAUAUAAUCCGAAAGUGGGGUUCUGUCAGGCGCAAGCGCCGAUUGCUGCGUUUCUACUUAUGCACCUACCAGCCGAAGAUGCGUUUUGGGUGUUUGUUAGUGUUUGUGAUGUCUACUUAGAGGAUUAUUUUAUUAGUGGUCUUGAGGUGCUCCAAAAUGAUGCUGGCAUACUGGAAGGGCUCCUCAAAAAAACCUGUCCGCCCGCAUACCGUCACCUGCAAAAACAUAAAGUCGAACCGUUACUCUAUAUGACCGACUGGUUUCUAUGCGCUAUGACACGAACAUUACCAUGGGAGACAUUGUUACGCGUCUGGGAUUGCUUUCUCGCUGAAGGUAUACGUGUCGUCUUCAAGGUAGCGCUGGUAAUAAUUGGUGCUUCGCUGAAUUCACAUAAGGUUCGUAAACAAUGUAAUGGACUUUGUGAAACCUUAGAGGUGCUACGCUCACCACCCGAACAUGUUAUCGAAGAGGAGUUCAUUAUCAACAACAUACAAAGGUUAAAUUUACGUGUCGAAGACUUUCAAAUCGAGCAUACGCGACAAAAAGCGCGACGGGCCAAACAGAAAGCCAUGCAAGAGGCAGCAGCAGCGGGGAUAGCGACGGCAUCAACAUCACAUGGCAGCGCCGUGAGCAGCAAUAGCACUUUAGGUGGCGGAGGUGGUAGCAAUGGCUAUAGGCUGUAAUGUUAGCACAAAGCGCCUACAGCCGGCGGUGAAAGUGCAAAAUUAAUUGUCGAAAAAGGAGAGAGAAAAGCCCGUUGCCGAGUGUAGUGGGGGCUAAUUUUUGGGUUAAACUUUACGAAGGUGUAGGUUUACUUAAGUUUUCCGUCCUUUACUCGGUUGUGGGCAUGUUUUAUCACUUUUUGAUAGCAAUUUUUCUAGGGUGCUAAGCAUUCACUCAAAGUUGUUUUUUUUAUUGGUAAUAGUAUGUAACAGUAAACAUGAAUACAAAUCAAACAGAUAUAGAAAUAGGAAAUAAUAUAUGAUAUGUAAAAGCAAUCAAACGACUAAUCAAUAAGUUUUAAAGUAAACGCACAGUAUAGAGGAAUUGCGAGUUGCAGAAGAAGACUAACAGGCAUGUAGACAUCCACUGAUAAAUAUAUACAUAAACCUUUCAUCUACAACUAAAUUUCUAUAACAUAUAUCAUUUUCUUUUUCCAUUUUUGAAAAAUCAAAUAUUUUUACACAAAAUGCACAAAGUAUAUGUAUGUAUGUAUGUAAUGUAUAAUAUUUUAUUUUGUAGUAAAUGAUAGUCAAUUAGGAAAAUUCAAUCAACAUCGACACUUAUGGUACACGGCGGUGCAAAACGCAAAAAAUGGUGAAAUCAAAGAGUACAUAUCAAUGGAUGAAUAUGAGCUGACACUUGAUUUCAGUGAUGCUCGUUGGACAGUAACAAUGCUAACAAUUAUAAAUACGCUAAAAGCUA